CUCUUCAACGCCCUCUCUCUCUCUCUCUCUCUCACCUCAUUUCUCAUCUCUCUCUCUCUCUGCGCCUAACGUCGCUUACGGAGAAGACGAAAUUUUUUGAACAGAGCUUUUUCCCAAACGCUAAACGACGCGCAUCGCUUAGGGUUCUUCUUCACUCGUCGGAGAUCUGAUUGUAUUUUUGAGGAAAAAAAAAAAAAUUUCAGAUCGCAGAUCUCUAACCCAACCGUUGCGUGUCUUCGUUUCCAUCUGAUUUCCAAGGAAAUUGAAACGAGUUUGGAGCUGUUGUAACUCUUUCCGCUUUCAUGUUUUGUAUUGAAUCCGAAUCUUCUCCACAUUAGUUGUUCUACAGAUCUCCGAAGUUGGCUCCUCAAAGAAGAUCGCAGCGCCUCAUGGGCGGCCAAAUGCAGCAGAGCAAUGCUGCGGCUGCGACGGCGCUAUACGAUGGGGCUAUACCCGCUAAUGACGCAGGAGAUGCUGUCAUGGCACGGUGGCUUCAAUCCGCUGGCUUGCAGCAUCUGGCGUCUCCCGUUGCUUCUACAGGCAACGAUCAGCGUCAUCUCCCUAACCUUCUCAUGCAGGGUUAUGGAGCACAGACUGCUGAAGAGAAACAAAGACUGUUCAAACUAAUGAGAAAUCUCAAUUUUAACGGGGAGUCGACUUCUGAAUCAUAUACACCAACUGCUCAGACAUCAGCAGGUAUGCCGUCUUCGGAAGGGUUUUUUUCACCUGAGUUUAGAGGUGAUUUUGGAGCUGGGUUAUUGGAUCUUCAUGCAAUGGAUGAUACAGAGCUUCUAUCCGAGCAUAUGAUUACCGAACCCUUUGAGCCAUCACCUUUCAUGCCUAGUGUUAAUAAAGAAUUUGAAGACGACUUUAAUUUGCCAGCUAAUCGUCAACAACGGCAACAGACAGAUGCUGAACCUUUGGGUUCAUUGCCUAAGAGUGAAAAAGAAAAUAACAGUGUAGCCAAGAUUAAAGUAGUGGUAGGUCAUUCACUUGAAAUGGAUACAUUCAGUUUUUUUGAAUAUUACAGAAGCUUUAUUCUUGAAGUUGUUUGUUGUUCCCUUGAACAGGUGUAUCGGGCCACAAUUGAGCCGAUAAUUCCCAUUAUUUUCCAGAGAACUAAAGCUACAUGCUUUGCUUAUGGUCAAACAGGUAGUGGUAAGACAUUCACAAUGAAACCACUACCCAUACGAGCAGUUGAAGAUCUUAUGAGGUUGUUGCGUCAACCAGUAUACAGCAAUCAGAGGUUUAAACUGUGGCUCAGCUAUUUUGAGAUAUAUGGUGGAAAGCUGUUCGAUCUGCUCAGUGAGAGAAAGAAACUUUGCAUGCGAGAAGAUGGUAGACAGCAAGUUUGCAUUGUUGGCCUGCAAGAAUAUGAAGUGUCAGAUGUACAACUUGUAAAGGAUUUUAUCGAGAAAGGAAAUGCGGAAAGGAGCACAGGGUCAACUGGAGCAAAUGAGGAAUCUUCUAGAUCACAUGCUAUCCUACAGCUUGUUGUAAAAAAGCAUGUUGAGGUAAAAGAAACUAGACGGAGGAAUAAUGAUGGUAAUGAAUUGCCUGGGAAAGUUGUGGGAAAGAUUUCUUUCAUUGACCUUGCUGGCAGUGAAAGAGGUGCAGACACCACAGACAAUGACCGCCAGACAAGGAUGGAAGGCGCAGAAAUCAACAAGAGUCUCUUGGCUCUUAAAGAAUGUAUACGUGCACUGGACAAUGACCAGCUACAUAUACCAUUUCGUGGAAGCAAACUAACUGAGGUGCUCCGUGACUCAUUUGUUGGAAACUCAAGGACGGUGAUGAUUUCUUGCAUCUCUCCAAAUGCAGGAUCGUGUGAACAUACCCUCAAUACUCUAAGAUAUGCUGAUAGGGUCAAAAGUUUAUCAAAAACUGGAAAUAGCAAGAAAGAUCAAACUGCCAAUUCAAUGCCUCCUCCGGUUAAUAAGGAUACUUUGUUGGGCUCAAAUGAUGUGGAAGAUGUCUUCGAGCCCCCACAGGAAUUGAAUGUACAGGAAACCAGGAGGAGGGUGGUUGAAAAGGACAGCAACACUACAUCGGGUAUUGACUUCAGACAGCCUACAAAUUAUCGAGAGGAAAGUGGAAUCCCAUCAAUCUCAAUGGACAAGGGAAGAUCAGAGACGAACAGUUCUUUUGGUGGCUCCACUAGUCAGAGGAGCCACUUGUCNACAGACAAUGACCGCCAGACAAGGAUGGAAGGCGCAGAAAUCAACAAGAGUCUCUUGGCUCUUAAAGAAUGUAUACGUGCACUGGACAAUGACCAGCUACAUAUACCAUUUCGUGGAAGCAAACUAACUGAGGUGCUCCGUGACUCAUUUGUUGGAAACUCAAGGACGGUGAUGAUUUCUUGCAUCUCUCCAAAUGCAGGAUCGUGUGAACAUACCCUCAAUACUCUAAGAUAUGCUGAUAGGGUCAAAAGUUUAUCAAAAACUGGAAAUAGCAAGAAAGAUCAAACUGCCAAUUCAAUGCCUCCUCCGGUUAAUAAGGAUACUUUGUUGGGCUCAAAUGAUGUGGAAGAUGUCUUCGAGCCCCCACAGGAAUUGAAUGUACAGGAAACCAGGAGGAGGGUGGUUGAAAAGGACAGCAACACUACAUCGGGUAUUGACUUCAGACAGCCUACAAAUUAUCGAGAGGAAAGUGGAAUCCCAUCAAUCUCAAUGGACAAGGGAAGAUCAGAGACGAACAGUUCUUUUGGUGGCUCCACUAGUCAGAGGAGCCACUUGUCGUCAUACCCCCAAGAAACUUCAGACCGUGAAGAGAAAGUGAAGAAAGUGUCGCCACCUCGUGGGAAAGGGUUGCGGGAAGAGAAACCAGACAGAGCACAAAGCUGGUCUAAAAGAGAAGUCAGUUCAUCGGAUAUCCCUACCUUGACAAACUUUAGACAGAGCACAAAUGAAACCGCUUCGAGGCAAUAUGAAACUGACACUUCACUUGAUGAUAACAUUGAUGCACUGCUUGAGGAAGAAGAAGCUCUCAUUGCAGCACACAGAAAAGAAAUAGAGGAUACAAUGGAGAUUGUUCGCGAGGAAAUGAAACUUUUAGCGGAGGUGGACCAACCAGGAAGCAUGAUAGAAAACUAUGUGACGCAACUGAGCUUUGUGUUGUCAAGAAAAGCAGCGGGGCUUGUUAGUCUUCAAGCCAGGCUUGCUCGGUUCCAACACCGUCUCAAGGAACAAGAAAUACUAAGCCGUAAGAGAGUUCCUCGGUAGUUGUCAGAAGAAGGAAAACCAAAACGUGUGGUGUUGUUAAAGUGUGAAAGUUUGCUUGGGACGCAAUGGAUGAAGAAGAGAGUGAAAAAGUUUUUUAGUUUCAGAAAAAAAAAAAAAAAAAAAAAAAAAANAAAGGUGGUGGUCUCUUCUUCGUUACAAAGAAAUGUCCUUCGUGUUUGUGAAAUCGGGCAUUUAUUUUCCUUUUAUUUUUUUUUAAUUUACUGAUUUUAAUUAUAAAAUUAUACCUUUUGUGUUUCCUA